UCACUUCUACGCGCAACAAAUUUCGUUGGACGGAAAAGUUGUAGAAUAAGUUCGUGUUCGGAUUUUUUAAGAAUAGCAUUUUUUUCUACAGCUUAGCUUGUGUAGUCUCCCCCUAAACUUAUGUUUUACUAUAAAUUUAAUAACUUAUAGUGACAAUGGAGACUAGUAUGAGUUCUGUUCCCUUCUUGGCAUUGCUACUGUCGUCCUUUCUCGUCUGCGUUUCUGGACAAUAUCAAGGUGAUCAUGGUAUAGCCGUCCCUGAUCAUGGAUUCUGUCAGCCAAUUACAAUUCCACUUUGCACGGACAUCGCAUAUAAUCAAACUAUUAUGCCAAACCUUGUCGGACAUUAUAACCAAGAGGACGCAGGUUUGGAAGUUCAUCAGUUUUAUCCGCUGGUAAAGGUACAGUGUUCACCGGAGCUCAGGUUCUUUCUGUGCUCUAUGUAUGCGCCCGUGUGCACAGUGUUAGAAAAGGCAAUUCCACCGUGUCGAUCAAUUUGUGACAGAGCUAAACAUGGGUGCGAAGCACUUAUGAACAAAUUUGGUUUUCAGUGGCCGGAGCGGCUGAGAUGCGAGAAUUUUCCCGUACUGGGAGACGGACAAAUAUGCGUGGGUCAGAACGACUCCAAAGCCACUGUUGCGCCUGUUAACAUGCCGGUUCCGGGAACACCAGGAAUUCACCUAUAUUCCACACCGGACAGGCCUUUCCGCUGUCCUGCGACACUCAAGGUCCCUACGUAUCUGAACUAUAAAUUUCUUGGAGAGCUAGACUGCGGCGCUCCGUGCGAAUCUUCCAAAGCUCACGGCGCCUACAUGUUUUUUAACGACCAGGAAAUCGAAUUCGCCCGUAUUUGGAUUCUGAUCUGGUCGUGCCUGUGUUGCGCGUCCACACUGUUUACAGUUACAACUUAUCUGGUAGACAUGCAGCGCUUCAGAUAUCCUGAGCGCCCCAUAAUUUUCCUGUCUGGCUGCUAUACCAUGGUCUCAAUAGCCUACAUCACUGGCUAUUUUCUGGGCGACAAAGUCGCAUGUAAUGAGAGCUUCUUCCCCGAUGGCUACAAGACCAUCGUGCAGGGUACCAAGAAAGAGGGCUGCACUAUCCUCUUCAUGAUGCUCUACUUCUUCAGCAUGGCCUCCUCCAUCUGGUGGGUGAUCCUGUCGCUCACGUGGUUCCUGGCUGCUGGCAUGAAGUGGGGCCACGAGGCCAUUGAGGCCAACUCGCAGUACUUCCACCUGGCAGCGUGGGCUGUGCCUGCCGUGAAGACUAUCAGUGUGCUGGCACUUGGCCAGGUGGACGGCGAUGUGCUGAGUGGCGUGUGCUUUGUGGGCGUGAGCGGGGCGGGUCCCCUGCGCGGCUUUGUCCUGGCACCGCUCUGUGUCUACCUCUUUGUUGGCACGAGCUUCCUGCUGGCUGGCUUCGUGUCGCUCUUCCGCAUCCGCACAGUCAUGAAGCACGGUGGCACCAAGACGGAGAAGCUGGAGCGUCUGAUGGUGCGCAUUGGUGUGUUCUCCGUGCUCUACACUGUGCCCGCCACCGUCGUCAUUGCCUGCUACUUUUAUGAGCAGGCCUUCCGUGAACUCUGGGAGCGGAGUUGGGUCAGUGCUCGUUGCAAGGGCCUGGCUGUGCCCUGUCCACCGCAGACCACACCACGCAUCUCCCCUGACUUCACUGUCUACAUGAUUAAGUACCUCAUGACACUCAUUGUGGGCAUCACCUCUGGGUUCUGGAUUUGGUCUGGGAAGACACUGCACUCCUGGAAGAAGUUCUACGCACGCCUGACCAGCAGACAACAUGGCGAGACCACUGUGUAGAGGAAAGGACAGGGGAACCUCACUCACACAUACGCAUACACACACAAACACACACACACAAAGGCUUUGUGCCUUUUUAAUUAAUGACUCUUUUCACAGAAAGACAUUUAUGGACAAGGUAUGUUUUCAAUUAUUGUCAGUAUUCUGAAUUUGGAAACAGUCACUAUUGGCAUUUGCUGUUGAAUAUUGCAGGCCACAUGUAAGACUGUGAGGGGCAAUUAGAUGUGAUUCUUUU